GAGUAAAUCUUCUUUUCCUUGUAUAAAUAUCUCCACUCAGAAACUAAAGGGUGGCCUAAGAAGAAUCCUCAAACACCUAUUGCAAACAAAGCACCAUCAUGUGCAGUUUCAAGCAUCUCUUGACGGCCUAUAAUCCAUCCUUCCCUUUAAAUUCUCUUCCACAUCAUGCACUUCAGCCUAUUCUCCACCACUCCAUUUAGUAGAUUCACAGAGAAAAAGAAGCCCACAUAAAAAGAAAAACCUUUCGACAUUGCCCUUUCAAAUCUCGGAAAGUUGUAAGAAAUGUUCUAUGCAGAAUCUCAUAGCUUCUUCAAACCAAGAACCAUAGCUCUGCUUGUAUUAGUUCUCUUACUUAGUUCUAUGAUCGACAGAAAGCAACUUUCUUCUAACCACCCUUUUGUCACCCCUCACACCAUUCAAUCAAUUGUUCACUCAUCCAUAGCCAAUAUGACAUUUGAUGGGCACUUAUGUUUUAACGACGUUCAAUAUGCAGCAAAGGACUUCGGCAACAGAUACCAUCUAAUGCCAUCGGCAGUUUUACACCCAAAAUCAGUUUCUGAUAUUUCAUCCAUCAUAAAAUAUAUUUUUGAUUUGGGUCUAAGUUCAGAGCUUACAGUUGCUGCCAGAGGCCAUGGGCACUCCCUAGAAGGCCAAGCACAGGCAUACCAAGGUGUUGUUAUCAGUAUGGAAUCACUUCGAGUGCCAAAAAUGAGCUUCCACACUGGAAGAGACCCCUAUGUUGAUGUGUCAGCUGGAGAACUUUGGAUAAAUAUUCUGCAUGAGAGUCUUAAAAAGGGACUGGCGCCAAAAUCAUGGACUGAUUAUCUUCAUCUCACAGUUGGGGGCACUUUAUCAAAUGCAGGAAUCAGCGGGCAAGCUUUCCAACAUGGACCCCAGAUCAACAACGUCUACCAACUAGAAGUUGUCACAGGCAGAGGAGAAGUGGCAACUUGUUCAGAGGAGCAGAACACUGAUCUCUUUCAUGCUGUGCUUGGAGGACUAGGACAGUUUGGUAUCAUCACGCAGGCUAGAAUUGCGCUACAACCUGCCCCUAAAAUGGUUAAAUGGAUAAGAGCACUUUAUUCAGACUUCUCCAUAUUCACUAAAGACCAGGAGCUUCUAAUAUCUUCUAAAAAUGCAUUUGAUUAUGUAGAAGGGUUUGUCAUUAUAAAUAGAACUGGUUUGCUAAACAAUUGGAGAUCAUCUUUCAAUCCCAAAGACCCAGUUCAAGCAAACCAGUUCACUUCUGAUGGUAAGAUUCUGUUUUGCCUUGAAGUUGCGAAGUACUAUAAUCCCGAAGAGUCGGAGUGUAUUGAUCAGGAGAUUGAAACCCUGUUAUCAGCAUUGAAUUACAUCAGGUCCACUCUCUUCCAGUCAGAAGUUUCUUAUGUGGAUUUUCUGGACAGAGUACAUGUCUCUGAAAUAAAACUCCGGGAGAAGGGUUUGUGGGAGGUGCCACACCCAUGGUUAAAUCUUCUUAUUCCAAGAAGCAGCAUACAUGAGUUUGCCCAAGAAGUUUUUGGAAAUAUUCUGAAAGAUACCAGCAAUGGUCCUGUCCUGAUCUAUCCAGUCAACAAGUCGAGGUGGAUAAACUCAACAUCCUUGAUUACACCUCAGGAGGAUGUUUUUUACCUGGUCGCCUUCCUAUCUUCAGCGGUACCAUCUUCCACCGGAAAAGAUGGCCUGGAACAUAUUUUAACACAAAACAAGAAAAUUCUACACUUUUGUGGAAGGCCCCAUCUCGGUAUCAAACAGUAUUUGCCCCAUUAUAGCACUCCUGAAGAGUGGAAAGCUCAUUUUGGUACUCACUGGGAAGUUUUCUACAGGAGAAAGUUGGCUUAUGACCCACUGGCAAUCCUAACUCCCGGACAAAGAAUAUUCCGGAGGGAAAAAGCCUUUGGGCUAUAGUUUCCAAGAAGUUGAAAAUUACUUAAUAUUAGGGCUCUAAGAAGACAGAAGAAGCCACUUAAAUGUAUAUACUGCUAGAAAUUUUGUACUACCUGUUUCAGAUGCAGAUCGACAUGCGCUUGCCUACUUUAAGAAUCUUACCAUUGAAAGUAUGGAGAAUAAUGUAUUUUAAUUGCUACAUCAACUUCUAAUCUCAGAUAUAAAGAGAAAAUUAUGCUUUUAGGGCUUUUAAAAUCUUACUAUCAGAAGUACAGAGAAUCCUUGAAAACUUAAGUCUUACAUUCACAUCGACAAUACAGUACCAAA